CUUACUUAAUCCCUUUCAGAAAAAGCAGCUAACUAGGUACUGGUGCAUCGAAAUAAAAAAAUGUCUUCGUCUGUGAAAAUUAAAUAUGUGAAGUGACUUACGUACGUACGGUUGCUUAGUAACUUAAAAUAGAACAACAAAACAAACUCCCGGACCCGGAUACAAGUAGAAAAAGAUCUUAAUUACCUACCUAGGACUUAAUUGCAACAGCAAAAUUUAGUGCAACCUAGAACAGCAUAAAAAUGUUGUCUAUCCCAGAAAUUGCUGCAAGUUUGGUAGAGGAAUCACUUACAAAUAUUAGUGAUGAUAACUCCUGUUCUAUUUGCCUAGUAGGAAGUUCUUCGGCGGGUAAAUCCACGUUACUCAAUACUUUCUUGGACAGAAAUGAUACUCCUCGGGAAACUUUAGUGAUGGAAUAUUCCUUCGGAAGAAAGACAAAUCAGAAACAAGGAAUAGAAAAGACGAUAUGCCAUGUAUGGGAAUAUGGAGGAAAAUUAGAAACGUUUAAAAAUAUCUUGCCAUCAAUACCAGUUAUGGGAAAAUUUUUCUAUUGUAUCAUGAUCGAUUUAGCUAAAAUAAAAAGUUUAUGGUAUACUUUAGAAACUUGCAUUGAAGCAAUGUUAACGUCUUAUGCUGAACAAAAGUCUGCUAUAGAACUCCUUAUAAUUGGUGGUAAAUACGACAUAUUUAAAAAUUAUGAUGCCGAAAUCAAAAAACUUAUAUGCACAACAUUAAGAUCAGUCGCAUUACUGUUUAAAGGACACAUUGUGUUUUAUUCAUCAAAAGAGCCUAAUCUAGUCAGAAGGGCAAAAGACAUACUCCAUGGCAUAGGGUUUGGAAAUGGAGUACCAAACAAGGACAAAAUAUUUAGUUUUACAAAACCGCUGAUGAUACCGAAAGGUACCGAUUCCUGGGAUAAUGUUGGUGUGACAGCGUCGACUCUGGAACAAGUGAAAGCCCAGCUCCUAUCAAGAAUCUCUUUCGAUACUGAACUGCCACCAUUAAGCGAAGGCACAGUGGGAAUACAGCAGGCUCACUUAGAGUCAUCACUGGAUGCUAAAGUUGCGAUGAAAUUCGAGGAGUUACGAAAUCUUGAUACCUUGGACAUCUCCCUUGGAGAUUACUUACUUAAUAAUUUUCAUUAAACAAAUGUAGGUAAUCUAAAUUAUUUAUUUUAACAAUAGCAUACAACAUAGACUUUGUUUUGACUCGUGUGUGUGUCUUUUUACCUGACUGCGUCAGAAGGAGGGUUAAGUUAAUAUAUCUAGGUUGGAUAAAUUCCUUAAGUACCCAAUUAAGAGUAGGUAAGGUAUGCAAAGGUAUCCUAAGUAGACAUAGGUACGAACCUAGGAAGCUG